AUGCCCAUGAAGAGGACGGCCAAGGUCCCGGAGCGGGAGGGCGCCUUCCUGCAGGGGCAGCCUUCCCCAAAAGUUUCUCCUGGGCUCCAAGAGGAGGGAUGCUACGUAGAGCUGCUGGCCAAGGGCUUGCUUGCCUAUCCCGAGGAAGGACAGCCUGUAAAUUCUCGGGGCAUCGGGGAGGAAGUAGAGGAGCCGGGGCUGUCCGUGGGAAUCAAAGCAGAAAUGCAUCUCAGCAAUGAUCACCUUUCUUCCUCAUCCGAAGAGGACGCGGAUAUUCAAGACAAUAAAGUGAAAGCGCCUGAGCCACAUCUGUCCCAGAAAAAAACCAUCACCCAGAUCAUGAAAGAUAAAAAGAAACAGACUCAGCUCACUCUGCAGUGGCUUGAAGAAAAUUACAUUGUAUGUGAAGGUGUGUGCUUACCACGGUGCAUCCUUUAUGCACACUAUUUGGAUUUCUGCAGGAAAGAGAAAUUGGAGCCUGCCUGUGCAGCCACUUUUGGGAAGACUAUUCGUCAGAAAUUUCCCCUCCUUACCACACGGCGUCUUGGGACCAGAGGCCAUUCAAAGUAUCACUAUUAUGGGAUUGGCAUCAAAGAGAGCAGUGCAUAUUAUCACUCUGUCUACUCUGGGAAGGGUCUGACAAGGUUUUCUGGAAGCAAACUGAAGAAUGAGGGUGGUUUCACUCGAAAAUAUUCACUCAGCUCAAAAACUGGGACACUUCUUCCAGAGUUCCCCAGUGCACAACACCUUGUAUACCAAGGAUGCAUUUCUAAGGACAAGGUAGACACUCUCAUUAUGAUGUAUAAAACUCACUGCCAGUGUGUUCUGGAUAAUGCAAUUAAUGGAAACUUCGAAGAGAUCCAACAUUUCUUACUACAUUUUUGGCAAGGAAUGCCUGAUCAUCUUCUCCCACUGCUUGAAAACCCUGUUAUCAUUGACAUUUUCUGUGUUUGUGACUCAAUUCUUUAUAAGGUCCUAACAGAUGUCCUCAUUCCCGCAACAAUGCAAGAAAUGCCUGAAAGUUUAUUAGCAGACAUAAGAAAUUUUGCUAAAAAUUGGGAACAGUGGGUUGUUUCAUCCUUGGAAAACCUGCCAGAAGCCCUAACCGAUAAGAAACUACCCAUUGUACGAAGAUUUGUAUCUUCCCUAAAACGACAAACUUCCUUCUUACAUCUUGCUCAGAUUGCCAGACCAGCCCUUUUUGACCAGCAUGUUGUGAACUCUAUGGUGUCUGACAUUGAAAAGGUUGAUUUGAAUAGCAUCGGCUCUCAAGCAUUUCUCACUGUUUCUGGAAGCACCGAUCCCGAAUCAGAAGUCUACACCGAAUAUGACUCUAUUACAGUGUUCCAAGAACUGAAGGAUUUGCUAAAGAAGAAUGCCACAGUGGAAUCAUUUAUUGAGUGGCUGGAUACUGUGGUAGAGCAAAGGGUCAUUAAGACCAGCAAGCAAAAUGGCAGAUCCUUAAAGAAGAGGGCUCAAGAUUUCCUAUUGAAAUGGAGCUUCUUUGGUGCCCGAGUCAUGCACAACCUGACCUUGAACAACGCCUCCAGCUUUGGUUCUUUUCAUUUAAUCCGAAUGCUUUUGGAUGAAUAUAUUCUACUAGCCAUGGAGACCCAAUUUAACAAUGACAAGGAGCAAGAGUUGCAGAAUUUAUUGGAAAAGUAUAUGAAGAAUUCAGAUGCAAGCAAAGCUGCCUUCACUGCAUCGCCAAGCUCUUGCUUUCUGGCAAACCGGAAUAAAGGGGGCACUGUCCCUAGUGAUGCUUCAGUCAAGAAUGAAUGUCUUGCUGAGGCGAAUUACGUUUCUCUGCCCUCCAACCAGCCCAGUGUCUUGCCUUCUGCUUUACACCCUUUCUCUCCUGGGGAUCCAGAGAAUAUGCAGCUUACAGGUCCAGUAGAGCUGUCUCAGAGUACUGGUCACCUCGUGACACCACCCAUUUCUCCAGCCAUGGUCAGCAGAGGAAGUGUCAUCAACCAGGGGCCAAUGGCUGGGAGACCUCCCAGUGUUGGUCAGGUGUUAUCUGCUCAGUCCCACUGCUCAUCCUACUCAGAGCCCCUUUACCAGACUCUCUCACAAACAAAUCAGAACUAUUAUGGCACCAGCCCCAGCUAUCAAACCAUGUUUCGAGCCCAGACCCACCCACCUGCAGGAAUCUAUCACCACAGAGCUGAACACAGUCGGUUCAUGGCCUUGAGUGAACAACAGCUUUCUCGAGACUACUUCAGUAACAGCUGUGCUGUGUCUCCAUACAAUGACAGAUCACCUUCGAACUAUGGACCAUCCUCAGCCAUGCAGGAUGCACACAGUAUGCAGUUUCUAAAUAAUGGAAGUUUCAAUUUCCUGAGUAAUACAGGGGCUAAUGGCUGCCAAGGAUCAUCAUAUCCUCCUAAUGCACCUAACGGAUAUUAUGGAAGCAAUAUAAACUACACAGAAUCUCAUAGGCUUGGAUCAAUGGUCGAUCAGCAUGUGUCUGUUAUCAGCAGCGUGAGCAGCAUUCGCUCAUUGCCCCCAUACAAUGACAUCCACGAUCCCCUGAACAUCUUAGAUGAUGGUAGUCAGAAACAAGCAAGCUCCUAUUACACAGACACGUCCUCUUCAGUUGGCUGUCGGACUCCAACGAUAGCCUCCAAUAUGUCAUCAGCCAUUCCAGCGUCCUCAUCGCAGUGUAUGUUUGGAACUUCUAGUCAAUAUCCAGCUCAGGAAUCUCUGGACUCCCAUGGAACGAGUAGCAGAGAAAUAGUGUCAUCUUUGCCACCAAUCAACACUGUCUUCAUGGGAACAGCAGCUGGGGGGACCUAG